GUGCUCAACCCUGUGGGACGGGAUGGCAAGCCUCAGCUCGGCCAGAAGAAGGUGGUAAAGGGGGAAAAGUCCUUCUUUCUGCUACCAGGAGAGAGCUUGGAGUGUGGGAUUCAAGAUGUGUACAUCCUGUCUGAGGAAGAGGGGCUGCUACUGAGGGCUCUACAGCUUCUCGAAGAUAAAGAUGAAGAUGGAAAUGACAUUCAGCGCAAGCCUGGGGACCGCUGGAUGAUCCGUGGGCCUUUGGAGUAUGUGCCCCCUGUGGAGGUGCAGGUGCUGCUGACCCGAGAGGCUAUACCACUGGAUGAGAAUGAGGGCAUCUACGUGCGGGAUAUCAAGACUGGCAAGGUACGGGCUGUCAUUGGGCACACCUACAUGCUCAGCCAAGAUGAAGAGCUGUGGGAGAAAGAACUGCCCAUCAACGUGGAGCUUCUGCUGGCCUCAGGAAAGGACCCCCUGGCUGACCGUUCAGAUCGGUCCAAGCAGACAACACAACCGGAGGAGCGCAACAAGACCCGGGCUGUUAGCUACAGAGUUCCACACAAUGCUGCCGUACAGAUCUAUGACUAUCGUGAAAAGAAAUCCAGGGUAGUCUUUGGUCCGGAGCUGGUCAUCCUAGGUCCCGACGAGCAGUUUACAGUCGUCAGCCUGUCUGGGGGUACCCCGAAACGCCCCAAUGUCAUCAAGUCUCUCUGCCUACUUCUGGGACCAGACUUUUUUACUGACAUUAUCAACAUUGAGACAGCUGACCAUGCCCGGCUGCAGAUUCAGUUGUCUUACAACUGGCACUUUGAGGUGAAGGACAAGUCCAGUCCAGAAGAUGCUGCCAGGCUUUUCAGUGUACCAGACUUCGUGGGUGAUGCCUGCAAAGCCAUUGCAUCCCGCAUCAGAGGCGCUGUUGCCUCUGUGCAGUUUGACGACUUCCAUAAGAACUCCAGUCGCAUCAUUCGUUCAGCAGUGUUUGGGUUUGAUGACAACAUGAAGGUGCGUGACCUCUUCAAGUUCCCCCAGAACAACCUGAACAUCACAAGCGUGGACAUCCAGUCUGUGGAACCUGUAGACCAGCGUACAAGGGAUUCUCUACAGAAGAGCGUGCAGCUAGCCAUUGAAAUCACAACCAACUCCCAGGAGGCAACAGCUAGGCAUGAAGCAGAGAGGCUGGAGCAGGAGGCCCGUGGACGUCUAGAACGCCAGAAGAUCACAGACCAGGCUGAAGCAGAAAAGGCCAGAACUGAACUGUUGGAGUUGGAGGCGCAGAGCACGCGGGUGGAGAGCACUGGGGCUGCAAAGGCUGAGGCAGAGUCUAAGGCUGAAGCGGCAAAGAUUGAGGGCGAAGGAGCUGUACUGCAGGCUAAGCUGAAGGCUGAAGCCAUGGCCAUAGAGUCGAAUGCAGAGAUGGAGCGUCUGAAGAGGGCCAGAGAUCUAGAGCUGCUCUACAUCAAGGAGCAAAAUAAGCUGGAAGUGGAGAAGGCAGAGCUUCUAACCACACUGGAGAUCAAGAAGUUCCAAGACAUGACAUCGGCCAUCGGUGCCUCCACCAUACGUGACAUUGCGUUGGCUGGGCCCGAACUCCAGGUGAAGCUUCUCCAAGGUCUCGGGCUUCACUCCACACUAAUCACUGACGGCUCAACUCCCAUCAAUCUCUUCACCACUGCAAACGGCAUGUUAGGGCUGCUUCCCAAAGCCAUCCGAGACGAUGCAGAAUGA